UCGCUCUCUCUCUCUCUCUCUCUCUCUCUCUCUCUCUCUCGUCUGUCUUCGUCACAUGGCAGACCCACCUCGCGUGCAGCAAGGAGACCAACUACCAACGGUCCCAACCAGUCAUCUGCGCCAAGUAGACCCAGCUUCAACGGACGUUACACGCCCAUCUUCUCACGUGCCAAGAGCCGACGACCCACCCUCUUACGUGCGCCAGGGAGACCAACUACCUUCCACGUGCGAAGACGAAGGCCCGUCGCGCAAGAAACCACCACCGCUCCCGCCGCCGAUCCUGACACCCACCGUCGGAGAUGGGAAACACCCCGUCUAUCGGGGCAUCCGUUGCCGGAGCGGGAAAUGGGUGUCUGAAAUCCGGGAGCCGCGUAAGACCACACGCAUAUGGCUCGGCACAUAUCCAACGCCCGAGAUGGCGGCCACGGCUUAUGACGUGGCAGCGCUUGCCCUCAAAGGCGCUGACGCCGUUCUCAACUUCCCGGACUCCGCUCGCUCCCAUCCUUCCCCGACCUCCGUCUCGCCGUCCGACAUCCGCGUAGCGGCGGCCUCCGCCGCCGCUUCGAUGCUCCCGAAGCCGGAAACUGACGACAAGCCGGUUCUCCGGCGGCCGGCGGGAGAUGAGGGAGCGGCGCCCAGCCAGCCGGCUCCCGGGGGAGAAUUCCUGGACGAGGAGGCCCUGUUCGACAUGCCUAAUCUACUGGUGGACAUGGCGGAGGGCAUGCUCGUCAGCCCGCCGAGGAUGGAUUCGCCAUCAUCUGAUGACUCGCCGGGAAAUUCUGACGUCGAAAGCCUAUGGAGCUACCGUUAAAUGGUCGGCCCCACAACACAAACACAUACAAAACUUGAAAUGGAAAUGAAUUAACGAAGCAGUCAAUUGAAAAACGUGAUCGACGGUCAGAAAUUAGAACGAGAUUUCAGAUACGAAGGUUGGAGAUGCUUCGAUUUUGAUCGCUGACUAUUGGCAUGACAUUACACUGAAUUUCAGUAUAUACGAGAUAUGCACGUUACUCGUUAGUCUUGAUUCUAUUUCUAUUUAUUGUUUUGAGUUUGUGCGCA